AUGAUGAUGGCGCAGCAAUAUCCCGGCCACCAAGGCAUCCCUCAGCACCCAGGGUUACCGCCUGGUCAUCAUCCAAUGGCCCCAGGUCAACAUCCAAACGCCCAUCCCGGCGCCGGCAUGGUGCCCCCGGGCCAUCCGGGGGUGUCCGCGCCCGGAGCGCCUCAGGUCACCCAAGGCGCUCCGAUGAUGGGCGGGAUGCCACCAGGCGCGGGCACCACCGCUCCUGGCGCCCCCGUUCAAGCCCACGCCCUCUCCCAUUUGGGGCCCCAGGCUCACUUGUUUCAGCAGCCUCAUUUCGCUCAAAACUUUGCAAAUAAUCCGCAUCUCCUUCAGCCCCAUCAACAGCAAUUGAUGCGGCAACGCAUGUUUCUCCAACAACAGCAACAACAGCAACAACAGCAACAGCAACAACAACAGCAGCAGCAACAGCAGCAGCAGCAGCAUGGGGGUCUCCCCGUGUCACUUCCAAAUGGCACCCCGGGGCUGACCGGCGCGCAGAUUGCCAGCAUGCAGGCCAACCAAGGGAUGCGACCGAUGAACAUGCAGAUGCAACUCCAGCAAAUGCCACAUGGACAGCCGCAGAGCAUCCAACAGCAACACCUGUUCGCCUUGCAGCAACAGGCGCAACAGGCGCAACAGGCCCAGGCACAGGCACACGCCCAUCAGGCCCAGCAAGCUCAACAGGCGACUCCCACCAGCCAACCGGGGCACCACACCCCCCAGCAACGCGCCGCUCCCCAACCCCAGAAUCUCCAUGACGCCCAGAGUGUGACGCCCCAACCCCAGCCCCCUCCGCCGCACCAGGGAAGCAGUACCCCGCAGUCCAAUCCUCCGUCGGUACCCACAUCGCAACCCCCGCAACAGCAGCCCGCGCCGCCCCCGCCGCACCAGACCCCGAACCCGCCCCCCCAACAGUUGCAACAGCCCCCGCAGCCGGUUCAGCAGCCGGGUCAGCCACCCCAGCAGCCCCCGCAGCAACAUCCGCAGGGUCAGUCGCAGCCGCAAGGGCAGCCGGGUCACCCCGGCCCACAGUCACAACAACCACCCAUGACAGCGCAGGAGGCCCAGAUGAAGGCGCAACAGCAGCAACAACAACAGCAGCAGCAGAACAAUGCGGCCCUGAUGAUGCAGUCGCGCAUGAGCGCCAAGGGUGCGACGCUUUUGAUCUUGAACUCCUUCGCGGAGCAACUAGGGGCCUUCCAGAGUCGCGGCGAGUCACCGGACCUAGGCUACUGGCAAAAUUUCGUGGAUCGAUUCUACUCCCCGGGAGGAGUGUUGCGCCAGGGCGUCUACAAUCCGCAGGCGGGAUCGAAACAAUUCGAGAUCGCGACGCCCGCCCUGGCGCGGUACUACAUGACCCAAUUCACCAGCGGGAUCCGACGCAUUCAAAUGGUCGUCGAGGCUGCGCGGGAGCGGGAAGUGCCGAACGGCGGUCAUAUUGUGGACAGUCCUAAGACCUCGUUCCUCUACUGGUUCGCGAACGACACCCAGCUCCAUACGGACGGGACCAUGCGAGCGCACUUCGACGCGCAGAAUAAGAUCGAAAUGCUCGAUAUUGUCGUCAUGAACCACACCGAGUAUCUGCCGCGGGGUCAGCUGCAAGCGCUGGAGCUGGCAGACCAGAAGCAGAGCCCCAAACUCACCAAAGGUGCGGGGAAGCGACAGCAGAAACAACCCCCACAGCCGUCUUUCACGCUCCCGGAAUCCAUGGUGACUGCCAACGGGGUGCCCACCGCGGUCAUGAGCUUUCUCGAGGUCGCGGAAACGAUCUCUCAAAUGCAGAUGCUCUUCCAGUUCUCCCAGCAAAAUCCUCAACUGUCCGCUCCGGAAGCUCUCCGGAGCCUGGUCAAUACUCUACAGUCCCAACACCCGAACCCUGGAAUGAUGCAAGGGCCCAUGAAUCCCGCCAUGAAUCCGGCGAUGAACCCGGCGAUGAACCAGGCGAUGAACCCGGCCAUGAACCCGGCGAUGAACCAGGCCAUGAAUCCAGCCAUGAACCCGGCCAUGAACCCGGCCAUGAAUCCUGCGAUGAACCCAGCAAUGAACCCAGGCAUGAACCCAGGCAUGAACCCGGCCAUGAACCCGGCUAUGAACCCCGCCAUGAACCCUGCCAUGAUGAACCCCGCUAUGAAUCCCGCUAUGAAUCCGGGGAUGAAUCCAGCGAUGAACCCGAUGAACCCCGGCAUGCAGCCGGGUCAGCAUCCCCGCGGACCCAGCUACAGCGGCCCGAACCAGUUCGCCUCGCCCGCGGCGGGGCAUUUGAACCUGCCGGGGGCGCAAGGGUCGCCUCACCUGGGCGGAUCGGCGCAUGCCAGUCCUGCCGGGAGUAAUAUGACGGGGACUCCGCACAUGAUGCCAGGACAAGUUCCGAAUGCGGUACCGGCCACCAGCGCCAGCGCCAGCCCCAACGUCAGCAACAAACGCCGACGGCCCAGCACGGUGAAAAUGGAGAGCGACGGCGGGGACAUGAACGGCACUGGCGCUCCUGGUCCCAAGGUCAAGCCCAGCCCCCGAAUGGGCAAGCGACAGAAGGGCGCCGGAUAG